AUGCCUAAGUAUCCGGUUAACACAAAAAGACUUGUUGGAAUGGAAAAACCAAUUGCACAUUUGGAAUCAUUGUUAUGCCAAAAGUCAAAAGAAGCGCGUGUUAUUGGAAUUUGGGGUAUGGGUGGUAUUGGCAAGACAACUAUUGCAGAAGAGAUAUUUAACAAAAAACAUUUUGAGUAUCAAGGAUCUUGUUUUUUGGAGAAGGUAAACGAUGAAUUACAAAAACAUGGAAUAAGGUAUUUGAAGGAAAAACUUUUUUCUACACUAUUAGCAGAAGAUGUGAAAAUUGACACCCCAAAUAGAUUGUCCAGUUAUAUUAAGAGAAGGAUUGGUCGUCUGAAGGUUCUUAUUGUUCUUGAUGAUGUGAACGGUACAGAUGAGGUAGAAAAUAUAUUUGGAACUCUUGAUUGGCUUCGGGCAUGUAGUAGAAUAAUAAUAACAAGUAGAGAUAAGCAAGUACUUAUUUCUAACAAAGCUUAUGACAUAUACCAGGUCGGGGCAUUGAGUUCUAGUGAAGCACUUGAGCUUUUCAAUUUUAAUGCAUUUGACCAAACUCAUCUUGACAUGCGGUCGUAUAAUGAUUUGUCGCGAAGGGUGGUCAAUUAUGCUAAAGGCGUUCCAUUGGUUCUUAAAGUUUUGGGUCAUCUUCUUUGCAGAAAAAAUAAGGAAGUAUGUGAAAGUCAGCUAGACAAACUUAUGAAAAUGUCAAUUAAAAAAGUUCAUGAUGUAAUGAAACUAAGCUAUGAUGAUCUUGAUCUCAAAGAGACAGAUAUUCUUUUAGAUAUUGCAUGUUUCUUCAACUGUAUGCAAAUGAAAGUGAGCUCAUUAGUGGAGUUAUUGAAAGAUCAUGAAAAUGAUAAUUCAGUGGUUGUUGGGUUAGAAAGACUAAAAGACAAAGCUCUUAUGACUAUUUCUGAAGAUAAUGUUGUUUCUAUGCAUGACAUUAUUCAAGAAAUGGGUCGGGAGAUUGUUCGCCAAGAAUAUGAGAACUCUGGACGCCCCAGUCGACUAUGGCAUCAAGACGAUAUUCAUGAAGUAUUGGAAAAUAACAAGGUCAAGGGGACUGAGGCUAUUAGAAGCAUAACUAUAGACUAUUCAUUAAUUAUUCAUCUGAAGUUGAGCCCUUACGUAUUUGCUAAGAUAAUCAAACUACAAUUUUUGAAAAUUCAAGGGAGAGGUCGUGUGAAGUGCUAUGAUCUUUUUCUUCAAGGGUUUAAAGUUUGGCCUCUAAAAUAUUUGUUGUGGAGGGAUUGCCCUCUAAAAUCACUGCCAGAGUGUUUUUCUGCUAAAAGUAUUGUUAGAUUGGAGUUGCCAGGAGGUCAGAUGCAAAAACUUUGGGAUGGAGUGAAGAAUUUGGUUAAUUUAAAAGAAGUUCUACUCGCUAGAGGCUAUUUCCUGGAGGAGCUUCCAGACUUUUCAAAAGCCAUAAAUCUCGAGGUUCUGGAUGUCUGUGAUUGUGUGAGAUUGAAGAGUGUCCAUCCAUCUAUUUACUCUCUCAACAAGCUUCAGAUAUUCAAACUAAAAGGGUGCGAGUCCCUUACCGAAUUUACAAGUGAUACUCGUUUAAGCUCCUUGUGGUAUCUCGACCUUACAAGUUGCACAAGUCUAAGGAAGUUGUCAGUGACCUCAGAGAAUAUCACAGACCUACGUUUGGGGGGAAUUCCUGCCAAUGUAUUGCCGUCAUCAUUUGCUUGUCAAAGCAAGCUAGAAAUCUUGGAUUUACGCAAAACUAAAUAUGAGACUUUACCUUCAAGCAUCAAGAAUCUUACAAGAUUGCAAUGUCUACUCAUAUCUGGCUGUUUUGAACUUCUGUCAAUACCGGUGCUUCCCCUGUCCCUUGAAACUCUAUCAACUGAUGGAUGCAAAUCACUAAAGACAAUAUUCUUCCCUUUAACAGAUGCUGAACAAUUCAACGAAAAAAGGAAAAAAGUUUCAUUCUGGAAUUGCUGGAACUUGGAUGAACGUUCACUUAGGGAUAUUGAGUUGAAUGCACAAAUCAACUUGAUGAAACUUGCAUAUCAACAUUCAUCCACACCACAACAUAAAGAUGACCAUGUCUUUCGAGCAUCGUACUUGUAUCCUGGGUGGUGUCGGGUUCCAGAGUUGUGCAGGGGUCCAAAGUGGUUGGAGUACAAGACAACAAAUGAUGAAAUGAUUAUUAAUCUCUCUUCUACCCAACUCUCCCCUUUGUUGGGUUUCAUUUUUUGCUUCAUCCUCGCUGGGGAGGACUCAAGAGAAUAUGGUGGACCAGUUAAGUUUGAUAUCACUAUAUUUGAUGGUGAGAGUGAGGAUAAAAAGGGUUAUGUGAUGGAUUCAUAUAUUGCAACGGGUCAUCUAUGCUUCAUCUACGACAAAAAAUGCUCUCACUUCAUAACUAGCGCAACAAAAAAUAAGACAAGGUUUAAAAUUAAGGUUGCAACACGGGCAGUUAAAUCCAAAAUGGGUCGAGUGAUGAACUUGAAGAUCAUAGAGUUUGGAGUCAGCCCCAUUUGCAUUGAGCACCGCUCCUUUGCAAGGGAAGCCAGGAUGUUAUCUCUGUCCGAUGAUAUCAAAAGUUCGCCCUACCAGAAUGUGAAUGUGGUGGAGGCUGCUAGUCCAUGUCAAAUUGCACAAUCACUUCCACCAAGGCCAAGGGUGGCUAGGUUGAUUCCAUCUAAAACAGCUAUGAAUUUAGCAUCAGCAUCUGCUGCAGCUUCUCUCAAUUUCAAUGCUUUUCAAUAA